UCGAUAAGAGAUUGCAAAAUGUUACGAACUACUUUCUAUUGUCUUUGGCAAUAGCGGACUUGUUGGUUAGUUUGUUUGUGAUGCCAAUGGGUGCGAUACCUGGGUUUUUAGGAUACUGGCCGUUAGGCGUUGUCUGGUGCAACGUUUAUGUGACGUGUGACGUGCUGGCCUGUUCAGCUAGUAUAAUGCACAUGUGCUUCAUCAGUAUUGGCAGGUAUCUGGGCAUCAGAAAUCCGUUGAAGAGUCGGCAUCAUUCAACAAAACGAGUGGUUGUCAUUAAGAUUGCUCUCGUCUGGCUCCUAAGUAUGAUUGUUUCGAGCUCCAUUACUGUACUAGGCCUGAUCAACAAGCAGAACAUAAUGCCAACUCCAGAGCUAUGCGUCAUCAACAACCGAUUCUUCUGGGUUUUUGGGUCACUGGUGGCGUUUUAUAUACCAAUGCUGAUGAUGGUGGUAUCGUUUGCACUCACUGUACAACUAUUGAAGAGACAGGCAAUAUUGGCUGCAACUCCUGUGCCGGGUGGUACACAGAGAAGGCAAUGCGGAGCUUUUGACACUGGACCAACGCAAGCUGUACGGCGUAUAAACGCAAGAAGUUCUCCUGAUCUGUCACCGGCAGCUGUCUCUAGACAUAUGACCUGGAGGGUGACUACCGUAUCCAGUCGCUCCCAAAGGAACAAAAUAGGCAUGAGCGUUUCACACCCUCAGUUAAGUUAUAUGAACGGCUGUAAUGGAAACGGGUCCGGCUCUGGAUCAAGGAAAGGGAGAGAUGUAGCGACACAAACGCCGGCGAGCAUUUCAGCUGAGACUCGACGCGCGAAGUUGAAGCCGCUGAAGAUUUCAUUGGCUGCACCCAACGCUUUGAGUUUAAGGUAG